CUAUACUCAAGAUCUAAGCAUUACUUUAGAUCUAUGAAAAAUAAAGGUCAGACAAUUAAUGGAGUAACUUCUUGAGCACUUGACUGUUUUCUGUCCGUUGUUACAUAUUGUUUCCUCUGUAAACGUAGCAAGAUUCAACAAAGAGAGGUAUACAAGACGGCGGAUGCCUCUGUAGCGUACCUUUAGUGAAAUUAAUCCUCUAUCUCUCUGACAUAUACAAAACAAAUACGGACGUAGCAGAUAACAGCCAACCUUGGGCCCUGUUGUGUCCACUAUUCUGAUUGGUUGGUAUUGGCGCAAUUUGUUUCUUGCUGUAUUACGCGCCACUGUGCAACCCAGCCAAUCGCAACCGAAAGACGCGGGCCGCCAGCCAGGAAGUGCUGGAGGGCAUCUUCUUGUUCCAGCGCCCCGUUUCUCCCGAACAACAUGGCAAAAUGCUCGCGAAAGGCCUUGCACAUCUCUUCUUGUCCUUGGAUCUCCUGUCCAUGCUCGUCUACCACAGACCCUAUCGUGACCUACGGAUACCUGAUGGCAUUGAGAUAAGAAUAUAUCACUGAAAGAUUAGAGAAUCAAAUUUUGAAGACUAGAAAUAUAUUCAUCAAGCUAAUGUCAGCCUUCAGUUUAAUGGAUGUAAAAUAUUUCCUUGGAGUUGGCAUUAUUUGUGAAAGUACACAAAUGUUUAUUGGAAAAUAUUUCUUAGUAGAUGAGACAUCAUCAGACUUUGGUAAAGGCCAUCAGAGUGGGAAAGUAAAUAUAGAUAUAGAUAUAUUUCUAUUAUGAAUAUACAAAGAAAACAGUAAAUUUAAAGAGAAAGUCAUGGAGGAGAAAUUAUGUGAUAACCUGGUUAUGAGUAGAACAGAAACUGAAACUAUUGAUAUAUUUGAUCAGAUACAGGAAAAUACAGAAGAGAAAUCACUCUGUUGUGACAUCUGUGGGAAGUUAUUUACAGUAGAAAAUAGUUUAAAUCAGCAUAAAUUAAUUCACUCAGUGUUAAAGCAAUACCAUUGUGAGGUUUGUGGUAAAAUAUUCACUACAAGCAAUGUAUUAUUGCACCAUAUACGUAUUCAUACUGAAGAGAGGCCAUACCACUGUGACAGCUGUGGUAAAACAUUCUCUCAAAGGGGUCAUUUAUCUGAACACAGGCGAAUUCACACUGGAGAAAAAACUUACCAUUGUGAUAUAUGUGGUGAAACAUUUUCUAGAAAUUCACAUUUCUCUCAACACAAGCACACUCAUACUGGUGAGAAACCAUAUCACUGUGAUAUUUGUGGCAAAACAUUCUCUCAAAAGGGCCAUUUAUCUCGUCAUACAUAUAUUCACACAGGAGAAAGACCAUAUCAGUGUGAUACCUGUGGUAAAACAUUUUGUCAGAGAGGUUAUUUAUCUGAACAUAAGUGUAUUCACACAGGGGAGAAACCUUAUGGUUGUGAUGUUUGUGGUGAAAAAUUUUCUAGAAGUUCUCAUUUGUACCGACACAAAUGUAUUCACACAGGAGAGAAACCAUAUCAGUGUGAUAGCUGUGGUAAAACAUUCUCUGAAAGUGGUCAUUUAUCUCAACACAAAUAUAUUCAUACUGGAGAGAGGCCAUACCCCUGUGCUAUCUGUGGCAAAACAUUUGCUAGAAGUAGUAAUUUAUAUUCCCAUAAACGCAUCCACUCAGGAGGGAAACCAUAUGAUUGCAACAUCUGUGGCAAAACGUUCUCCCAAACUGGCUGCUUAUCUUCUCACAAACGUAUCCAUAUCGGAGAGAAACCAUAUCACUGUGAUAUCUGUGGUGAGACAUUUUCUAGAAUUGGCCAUUUGUCUUGCCACAGACAUAUUCACACAGGAGAGAAACCAUACCACUGUGAUAUCUGUGGUAAAACAUUUUCUCAAAGAGGUCAUUUAUCAUGCCAUAAAUAUAUUCAUACAAGAGAAAAACCAUACCAUUGUGAUAUAUGUGGUAAAGCAUUUUCCAAAAGUGUUAAUUUAUCUUCCCACAAACGCAUCCACACAGGCGAAAAACCAUACUGCUGUGAUAUCUGUGGUAAAACAAUUUUUCAAAGAUCUAAUUUGUCUUCACAUAGACAUACUCACUCAAAGAAGAAACCCCAUCAAUGAUAUUCUUUUGGUCAUUUAACUGUAGCCAUGCUGGAGCACUGCCUUUAGUUGAGAAAAUCGAUCCCAGGACUUAUUCUAUUGGUUUCUUUUGCCAAACUGCUAGGUUAUAGGGACGUAAACACACCGGCAUUGGUUG